AUGCAACCCCCAUCAAAUAUAACAACUCCUAAUUCUUUAGUAAAAUAUGCUAACGCAGUAUUAGUAUCUACAAGCGGUAAAAGAAAUUAAUUAGAUAAAUAAAAAGGAAAAGCAGCAUCAAGUAUAACAAAUGCCUAAACAGAAGAUAUAUUAAACAGUAUAUUACCCCCAAGAGAAUAUACAAUGGAUAAGCAAUAAUUAUGGAUAUAAAGUGUAAGUGCAACACCUGCUACUAGAGUAGAUGUAUUAGAAUUAUAAAGUAGUUUAGAUAAAAAAUUAUAAUAAAGAUAAGCAAGAGAAACUGGUAUAUGUCCCAUAAGAGAAGAAUUAUACGCAUAAUGUUUUGAUGAGUUAAUUAGAUAAAUAACAAUUAAUUGUGCCGAAAGAGGUCUUUUAUUAGUUAGAGUUAGAGAUGAAAUUAAACACACUAUAUAAGCUUAUUAAACAUUAUAUGAAAGCUCAAUUGCAUAUGGAAUGAGAAAAGCACUUUAAGCAGAAUAGAGAAAAUAAGAAAUGGAAACUAAAAAAAAAUAAUUAGAAAUAGCAUGUAAUGAAUUGUAAAAAGAAGUAGAGUAAUAUGAAAGAAAAAUAGAUGAAAUUGAAAUAAAUGAUCAAGAAUAGAGAGAAAAUGAACAAAAAUAGCAUUAAGAAUAAGUUGAACUUAUCAAAAAAACUAAUUAGAGAUUCAAGGAAGAAUUAGAAAAAAUUUUAUCAGGACCAUAACCGUAGAAUAGUGAUAAAGCUAAAAAAUGA